AUGAGAUCAGAGCCGCAGCAAAGGAUCGGAGCUGUUGGCGCUGACAGCAGAUGGCGAUGCGGCCCCUGGCUCCGUCAUCGACCGCGUGUGGAACAAGGCAUCCUAGAGGGCCAGAGGCUUGUAGAUUUCUUCCUCAUCGGAACCUUGGGACUCCACCCCGAGGCAAAACCUUUCGAAAACCUUACCGCUCCUCUCCCGCUGAGGAUGCAAGAUGAGAAAGGCUAUGAUUCGCCCCCAGCAUCGGGAAGGGGGCGCCAACAGGAGCCGAAGUGUAAGAAACAAGACGGCGUUCCAUCUAUCCAGGAUGGCGGGGAAGGUGACGUGCAGUGGAGUAAGGAGUCGCAGGGAAAGGAAGAGGAGAAUGGGUCUGGCCAAGGACAAUGCGGCAAAACCUUGAAGGCCCAACCGGCGUAG